AUCAGGGGGCGUGGACAGCGGGGAAGAAGCGGAGAGGUUGGAGAGGACCGCGGCUUCACCAUCCGCGGACCCCCGCCGCCAUUCCUCACCGUUCGGGCGAAUAGCAUCACCGAACGCGGCAGGCUCGCCUCCCAUCCGCGUCCCCCCCUCCCUCCUCUCCGCUCCUUCCCAGACCCGCCCCCCUCCUUGAGCCGACCUCGCCGUGCACGCGCGUGGUCCUCCCCUCCACCACCAGCACCGCCACCACCCCUCCCAUCACUAGGUCGAGGCGAGGAGGAGGAGGAGGAGGAGUAGGAGGAGGAGGAGGAGGAGGAGGAGGGAUGAGGCGCGCGGCGGAGGGGAAAUGGCUGCCGAAAACAAGCCGGAAGGACUGAAGAAGAUACGAAACCCCGAGCGAAUGGUCAGGAUCGCUGUUGGAUACACAGGACACACCCCUCCCAAGAGUGAUGAAUCCGACGCCAACAAUGAGCCAGGCCAGUUAAAGAUCUACCUUCCCAAGAAGCUGCUGGAGUGUCUACCCAAAUGUUCCUCUCUGCCCAAGGAGCGCCAUCGCUGGAACACCAACGAGGAGAUUGCUGCAUAUCUCAUCACUUUUGAGAAACAUGAUGAGUGGCUGACGACAUCGCCAAAAACCAGGCCUCAGAAUGGCUCUAUGAUCCUCUACAACCGUAAAAAGGUGAAGUACAGGAAAGAUGGCUACUGCUGGAAGAAGAGGAAAGAUGGGAAGACCACCCGAGAGGAUCAUAUGAAGCUUAAAGUCCAGGGGGUAGAGUGUCUGUAUGGCUGCUACGUCCACUCCUCCAUCAUCCCCACCUUCCAUCGUAGAUGCUAUUGGCUGCUGCAGAACCCAGACAUAGUGCUGGUGCACUACCUGAACGUGCCGGCAGUGGAUGACAGCGGGAAGCCAUGCGGUCCGGUUCUCUGUUCCAUCAACACGGACAGGAAAGAGUGGGCCAAGUGGAGCAAAGAGGAGCUCAUUGGGCAACUCAAACCUAUGUGUGCUGGAAGCAGCCUGCAUCAGAAAUGUUCCAGUGUCAAGCAGCGCAUCAUCUCAUCCAAGCAGGAGUCAGGAACAGGAGGGGGGACAGCAGUAGGAACCAGCGUAGCGGCAGGCCAGAGAGCCGAGGAAGCAGAUGGCACAGAGGUCCAGAACAGUGAUGUAUCUGAGGGUCAGACCGAGCCUAACCCUGGUGGGGGGAGGAGCCGGGCAGGUGGAGCAGAGAGGAGGAAUGGCAGGAUAACCAAACCUUCCCUACUCCCACAGAGCAGCAUGGAGGUGUCUUCUUCCACCUCCACCAAUCAGGUGGAGGUUCCCGACACGACCCAAAGCUCGCCACUGUCUAUUGCAAGCGACAUGGCUGACAGCCCGGCUCUUGCCAUCGGAACCAGCUUGUCACAGAGUACCGCUGUGUUUAUGUCUGAGGUCACCACUCUGACCGGGGAUUCUGUUUACUCAGCCGGCCACACCCAUCUGUUGGCUUCUACCCAUGAGAGCGCCACCACUGGUAUCCUGUUGGCUGUUGCCCCUGACAACCAAAGGUUUGCAUCGUUCAGUGGAGGGUUAGGGGAGGGAGGAGAGUUGGUCCUGUCCAGUUCUUUAGACUCUGGUGUUGGAGUCAGCCUUCCUGAGACUACCAUGACCUUUGACCCUGACUGCUUCCUCAACAACCCCAAGCAGGGCCAAACGUACGGAGGAGGCGGGGGGAAGACCGAGGGCUGCAACGGCGAUGAUGGGGGGCUCCACUGCUCCACUAACGGCUUUGUUUAUAACCCGGCACUUGUCAACAACAUCAAGACGGAAGCUGCGCCGCUGGAGCAGCCACUCUCAUCCCAGAGCAGCUACGUUGGAGAGGGAACUGGCCUCAGCCCCAGCACCACCCUGGAGCAGAUGGACUUCAGUGCCGUCAUGUCGUCGGCCUGCGUCUCCAGUCUUAGCCAGCCUUCGCACCACCCUUCUCCCGGCCUCUUCCUCCAGGCCUCCCCCCAGACAGCCCAGCCAUCUCAGCUGCAGGUCAAUGGCACCAAGGUAGCCCAGGAAUCCAGUGAAACCAGGGCCUACAUGGGCCUGCCCCCAGUGGUCACCGAUUCUCCUGUCACUAAUGGAGAACCCCACACACACCUCCACCAGGCCAGCACAGACCAGCAGGCCCUGUGUGCUAGAAACGGGCAGGCGGCUGUGGGGUCAUUUCCCCUGAUGACACAGGACGUUGAGCAACCAGGCAGCAGGGCUCAUCAGGAGGUGGCCACCUUAGAGAAACCAACUGAAAAUGGAGAAGAGUUACUCCUCAAGGCUGGGGAUCCUCACGAGGCCUAUACGAGCGUCGAUGCCAAGCACUACCUGCAGCCCACAGAUGACACUGGAGGGGGGGACGAGGGUGGAGGGGGUGGAGGAGGAGCAGAAAAUGAAAUUAUAUGUAAUGGUGUGAGCAUUUCAGGCACCAGUAGCUCAGUGGGGGCCAGUCCUCAGGCUAUAGCUAUAGGUUCAAACAUUGAGGGCGCUCUCUACAACUCCCCCCUUCCUCAGCAAGGAGGGGGGGUAUCAGCAGCAACGGCUGGCGCCGGAGCAGCCAUCAGUCUGGAAGGAUUUGAGGCUUCAUUUGGAAGCCAGUUCUCCGAUCUUAUCAACGAUUUCAUCUCAGUAGAAGGGUCAGGGGGCGGGGUGGCGGCAGCGGUCUCUGGGGUUCUGAUGCCCCAAGAGGGGGCGGCAGGCGAGGAGCACGGCACAGCAGCCGGUCACCUGCAAGGGUCCGAGGUGGAGCAGGGGGCGCUGGCACUGCUCCAGGAGACGGGCAGGCUUUUCGGUGUGACGGACUACUCCCCAGAGUGGUCUUAUCCAGAGGGGGGAGUGAAAGUGUUGAUCACGGGUCCAUGGUUGGAGUCCAGCAGUGAGUACAGCUGUCUCUUUGACCACAUCAGCGUCCCUGCUGCCCUCAUCCAGCCUGGGGUACUGCGCUGCUAUUGCCCAGCCCAUGACACAGGACUGGUCAUGCUGCAGGUUGCCAUGGGUGGCGAGGUCAUCUCUUCUUCUGUGGUGUUUGAAUAUAAAGCACGUGACCUCCCGGCACUGCCAUCUUCUCAGCACGACUGGCUGUCCCUGGAUGACACCCAGUUCAGGAUGUCCAUCUUGGAGCGUCUGGAGCAAAUGGAGCAAAGGAUGGCUGAAAUAGCCAAUCAGAACCCCAGCUCAGAAGCCAUGGCAACCAAGGGUGGAGGAUUGGAGGGGGGAGGAGCCAAUGAUCAGCGGUCUCAAAGCUCCCCUGAUCAGAGCACAUUUGAGGGCCGUGUGGUGGUGGUGUGUGAGAAGAUGAUGUCUCAGCCCUGCUGGACUUCUUCUAACCAGCUUGUCCACAGUAAGAACUCCAGAGGAAUGACGCUGCUGCAUCUGGCCGCAGCCCAGGGUUAUGCAGGACUCAUCCAGACACUCAUUCGCUGGCGGACAAAGCAUGCUGACAGCAUUGACCUUGAGCUGGAAGUGGAUCCCCUUAAUGUCGACCACUUCUCCUGCACGCCGCUCAUGUGGGCAUGUGCUCUGGGACAUACGGAGGCAGCACUGGUUCUUUACCAGUGGGACCCAAGAGCUUUAGCCAUUCCUGACUCUCUUGGCCGCCUGCCGCUGAACAUUGCCCGAUCCCGCGGUCACACUCGAUUGGCUGAGCUUUUGGAGCAGCUGCAGCAGAGUCCACAAACUAAGGGGCAGUCUGCGGAUAGUUGGAUCGACAAGUGGAAAGGAGGGUCACAGAACGGUGGGAUCAGUAACAGCUCCAGCACUAACCCAAGCCCAGAGGUGAGAAGGAAAAGAACAGAGAGCCAACCAUUAAACCAGAACCAGAGCUGGAGCCAAACUGGUCAAAGAUCCCAACAGGGAGCCAAUGUGGAACAGGGAGGCCCGCCCCCAGCCAAGCGACCCAAAUCAAACCCUGCGAGCCAGCGGCAGCUCGCUAACUCAACCCCUGGCACCAACACCAUCAGCCCCCCCCUCGAACCCUCCGCAAAGCCAAAUCCUCUCCAAUCCAUUCUACCCAACUCACAAAAAAAUGACCUCAGCUAUCAGAGGGCACCUCUUUCCAGCUCCACCCCUGACCGGCCUCCAUUCCCCGGUGCUCCGUUCUCUCACCUGCAGGCCAGGAUAAGGGGGUCUGAGAGGGGCAACAUGUGGAGCCUGAGGCGCUCGUUUGGGCAAAACAGUCUGGUCAGGAGAAUUCAAGGAAAAGAACGGCUAGCAAUUCAUCUGAGACAGAGGGUGCUGUCUGACAGGGGGGAGGAGACUGAGCUGCUGACCUAUCAGGAUAACACAGAUGACUUGCAGGUGGACAUUACGAUGCUUGCUGAUCACAUCAUGGAUGCUUCAGCUGGAAGGCAUAAGCAGACUACAGCCACUGAAGCAGGUUCUGCAAAGGCUGCGAUCAGCAGUGAUGUCAAGUCAUUGUCUGGUUACCUUGAAGAAGUGGAAAGGUUUCUGAAAUCUAAGCCCCAGGCUACAAGCCCCAAACCAAAUUCACUCUCAGGGCUGGAGGAUCAGACGACUCCUCAUGCAAACCAAGCGCCCUCGUCUCCCUUUGACUGGAGCUCCUUCCUCUGUGCAGCUAUGAAAGAGGAAAAGUUGAAAACAGAUUCCUCUUGUCUAGCUAUGACUGAGGCAGAGCAGCACGAACUGUACGAAACCAUCAGGCAUGCUCUGCACUCCCUCAGAAAACACAAGGGUCCCCUUCAGGAACAACACAAAGAGAUAGCAGCAGUGAUUCAACGCUGCUACAAGAGAUACAAGCAGUAUGCACUUUAUAAGAGGAUGACUUUAGCAGCCAUCCUGAUCCAGAGUCGUUUCCGGAGUUUCCACGAACAGAGGAAGUUCCAGCAGAGCCGUAGAGCCGCAGUCCUCAUCCAGCAAUACUACCGCUCCUACAAGCACUCCCUCAGCAGCCUCCUCACUAAAAAACAGAACCAGGCUGCUCGUAAGAUCCUGAGGUUCCUGCUCCGCUGCCGUCACAGCCCCUUGAUGGACCACAGGCCUCUGAAACAGGGCCAGAGAGCAGAGAAAGGCCAGGGGUCCUGAAAAUGCGUCACCAGGCCCCGCGCACAGCCCCCUCAGCCUGUGAGCAAUCAACUCCCCCAAUACAUCUCUCCCUCCCUACCCUCCCUCCCUUUUUCCAUUUCCCAGCCUCUCCUCUUUGCUCUUAACCCCCCCGGCCUCAUUUCUCAAGAGGAAAAAAAAAAAGAAAGAAAACCAACUAAAAAAAACUCUUCCCAGACAGACUGAGGACAGGAUAGGUGUCCAUCAUGGCAGCUCAGACAGACAGACUGCUGGGCAGAGCCCCAGAACCAGGCUCUGCUCACAGCACUGAUCCUCCUCCAGUUUAACUGGGAGGCCAUCACAUUAACCUCAUUGGCAUUUUUUGCACUCCUCAUGGGUAUGUUUCUUUGCAAGAGCAAGUUGUCAAGCGGGAUGAGCAGAAAAAAGGGAUAAAAAGAGGGAAUUGCGUGAGGACGACGUCCUGCUGUUUAAGGCAGCAGCUGGAUGUGCUGAAGAGGCUCAGGCUGGGAACAACUGGAUCAAGAAAGAGGCGACUUUCAACAUGCAAAAAAACACACAAAACCCGCUGUUUUUUUUUCUUGUUGUUUUUUUGUAUCAAAACAGAGAUCUGUGAAAGAAGAAGAAACCAUAAACCAAAAAAACUCACUUCUAUGUUGCAUUUGCAUGCAAGGUUUUUUCCCCUCCUCAGCUUAUUCCUCCUCUAUAUCAUCCUACAGAGCUACAGUGGCAAAUCAUUCUGCUGAUUCAGUAUCUCACAGUAUCACCCAACCGCUCUGACUCACCGGCUUACAAAGCUAUUAGUCACCUAAUCCAGAAAAGAAAAAAAAGGGGGAGGAACUGCACUUGAAUGUAUGAGGAGCAUUGUUAGAUAAAAGGGAAGCGGCCUGAAAAACGAUGUCUUAAUUUGCUACAUGGACUUUGUAUGGAGUCGUUCUCAGUGGCAGCACUUUUGCUCGCCCGACGUGGUGUGUCCGUGUUCGUUCAAUUCAAUGCAUGUGUUUGAGCUAUGAGCUCCUGCAUGCUUGCCAAAACCGCUUUAGUGUUGUUUCUUUUUUGUAUUUCUAUGUGUAAUUGUGUCUCAUGUCUUCAUCGACUUAUCCUUGCCCUGUGUAAUGUGAACCGUGUAAGGACAAAAUGACUUCUUUUUGGUGCUUUAUUUAUUAUUUAUUUAUUUAAGGGUCUAAUUCUUUGCUGAACUGGCUCUAGAGUGGUUUAGUUCCAGAUUGGUCCCUCAAUCCAAACCCCUUCCCACCCGGUGUGAUAAAAUACGACAUGUUCCAGUGGUUAAACGUCUCUGUUAGUUUGUUCUGCGUGAACCUCCAAAUCAUGACUAUGGUUUCGAGGACAGAGUCACAUAACAUUGCCUUGACUUCUUCUUGACUCCGAGAGGUCUCUAUGCUUGCUCUGUAAAGGACACGGGUCCUAUACUUGCCACUAUACAGGGCACCGCUCCCUGUAUUGGCCCUAUACGGGCGGUCAAAUCCAUAUUUUGGACUAUUGCAUAUUUCUGUACAUAAACUGACGAGGUAAGGGGAUACAAGGACCCUGAAACUUUUUCAUAAGAAGACUGUAUUUAAGAUUAUAAAUUAUUUUACUUCCCGUAACGAGAACUUUAGACAGAGAUCUGGGUACACAGGACGGCAUAUUGCUUGUAAAUAAUGUAGAUAAUACAAACGGAAAAAUGCGCAUGAGAUUUAAGACAAAAGAAACAGCUAAAAGAACAUGUUAGUGGCUAUGGACUGUGAGAGGAUUUUAACUGCUUCACUUUAAGAGUAUUCAGUAUAAGUGUUAUUUAAAAAGGACAUUUUCUUAAAAGCAUGCAAAAGAAAAAUCUAACAUUAGAACUAUAAGUGGGAAAACAAAGUAAGCUGAAAUCAUGAUCUUUCAGACAAAAAAAAAAUAACAAAAUGAAACAAAAAACAUUUACACGUUGUGCUUUUGUUUCUUGGCUAGCAAAAAUUAAACCCGUUUUGCCAGUAGUGCCAAUCAUUAUGAAUGCUACUUUUGCCUAACAACACAGUAUGUUAUGCUGGGGAAACCAGUACCCAGAAGUCUUCAGUAAGAUCCACAGAGGCAGCACAUGUUGACAGUAAACAGUAGUAACGUAGCUCUAGCUCAGAUGUAGAACUACGACUCCUAGAGUUCUGUCUAAAAACGUAUGCAUAAAAGGAUGAUGGAGACGAUGCAAGUAUAAAUGAUGAUGCUGAUGGUGCCGAUGACUAUGAGGUUUUAAAUGUGAAUGCUGUGACUGGUGAUUCAUAAAGGGAAGAGGGUGCUGCACUGGAUGUGAAAUGUCUGCACACACAGAUUAGAAAUCAUAUUUCUCCUCUGUUAUUGUGAAAUUGAAUUGGCUUUAAUGAAAUAAUUUUAUUGUGAAUCUGUUUAUUUGGUUCAUUGCUUCAUAAUUUAAUUCAACCCUAUAUCCUAAAGCGCUCUGGGACCUUUUGUCUGAGAAAUAUGCAUCAUGACCGAAUUUCACUUAUUUAUUUUGCUUAUACAAGCUGCAUAUAUUGGUUGAAAUUAGAUUAAUAAAAAAAACACAUAUAAUGUGGUUGCAUAAGUGUGCACAACUCUAAAUUAAAACUUUUGGAUUUUAUUGCAGCGGGUUUUAUGUUGUGGGAGGAGAAAGUCAGCAGGAUACAUUUUCACUUGGCAAUAUUUUCUUUCUCUUUAAAAAAAAAAAAAAAAAACAAUCCUCAUGUUCACAAACUUCUGCAGAUCGUUGCGAAACUUUUUCUGAUUUCGUUUUAGGCCUUGGUUUGUAAUAGUGGUGAAAAAAAUCUUAAAUUAAUCCUGAUAUUUCUUGCAGAAGGUUUAGAGGUCACAAUUCUCCUUAUUUGAUUAUAACCUAAAACAGGUCCAAAUCACCAUCCUGCCUCUGUCGUGCUUUGUAGUGGUGUUCUAUCGGUGGUAUGCUGUUUUAUUUAACACUAAACACCAUUGGAAUCAUGGCACAAAAACCAUGGUACAGUUAAUAUCUUUUAAAGGAGAGAAAAUUGGAGAAUGUCAGAAAGAGGAUGUACGCUCUUGUUCGACCAUUUUAUUUUAGCUUUUCUAGGUGGAAAUGUAUUAAAUUAUCCAUUUCUGUCUUGUUUCUCACAUAUCAAAAAAACUAUUUAAACGGGGAGGUGUGUAGACUUUUAUAUCCACUGAACAUCCCUCACUAUGUGGUUGUGCUCCAGCAACAUACUUGCUUUUAUUAAGACCAUCAAUCACACCUACAGCAGGUCCAGCCCAGCCUCCAGUCAAAGCUUUCCAUCUUCAAACAGAAUGUCUCCGAUCUCAUGCUAUGUUUUUUUUUUUUUUUUUUUUUUCUCCUCAUAGUCACUGCCAUAAUUGUAUGACGUACUUUAACUGUGUGGUAACUGUUUGGAAAGUGCCUGCUCAACAACAGAAAACUAAUAUCAGGAAGUAUUGUAUAUUCUCCAAAAAUGUUCCCAGUUAUCUCUUUAUUUUCCUAAAUUGUGUGUUAAAAUUGAGCUUGACCAUAUCUGUUAAAAUCCCUAAUUUGUCUGGUAUGAAUGAGUGCUCAUGGCCUAAUUGAUAAAGUGUUGGUUUGUCGGGCUGACAAUAUCGCCUCCACCCACCCCCCCACGUUUAUGUGUACUUAUUAGAGGAGGAAAAAAACUCCCGUCUAUGAAAGGCACUAUCAUGAAUCCAUUCACAGCAUCUCCAAUUGGAGCCCUUUGUGUUUUCUUAAUAUCACUCUUCUUCUUUUUUUUUCUCCCAGAUUUUUUUUUUUUCUGCAACGUUUAUACAAAAACAGAGCUCUGAAGUCUUUAUCUGGUUAAACAUGUUUCACCAACAUCCUGUUUUUACCAUCACAGUCUCUCCUUGCGAUGUGCUCGCACAUAGCGUGGAACGCAAAAGUACACAGCCCGGAAAUAAGGCCACACUCUUUCUCUCGUGUGCUAAUGUCUUUGGGAGGCAUGAAAUCUCUCCCUAAGAUUAUACUCAGGGUUGAAGGACAGGGAGAUGGUACGUGGAUUGCAUUAACUGCUGGCACAUGGGUGCCCCACAUGUGGAGGCUGUGUACAUUUGGAUGUACGCAUGUGCGAGAUCAUUGUUUGGAAAACAUCAGCUGUCCAUUUAUUAAUGUAGCACCUGCAAAUUUAAAUCUGUUGAUAUCUGACUUGCAUGGUCUUACACAUAUAUACUUAAAAAAUCAUCAUUCCAGUUGUGUUCUGUAAAAGGUUUCCAACAUAAAAAAAUGCAUUCUUUUUUAAUCGAGUGGCUUAAAUGACUUUGCAAUCAAUAAGAAUUUUCAUUGAUGAAGAUUUUCAAUGACGUGUAACAAUGUUAAUUCUUUAAAUGUAAAGCAGUUAGUAUCGUUGCAGUCUAAGACCGUAACAGAUUUAGAUUGAGGGGAACGAUAAAUGUUUUUUUUAAAUGCAUCGUUGGUGAGAAUGUGAAAACUGUGGCCUCCAUUUGAUUCAGCUCGCCAUGUCAGUUUCAUGCAGAAUGAAAUAGUAGUGGGUUAAAGUUGCGAGUGAGACGUAGGUCAUCUCUUGUGGCUCAAAAGAGUCAAAGAGAAUAAAACUAAAUCAAAUUUCUCAUUUGUUUUCUUCUGGCUUUGUGUUUAUAGUAAUUCUGUUGUUGUAGAAUUACAUCCACAAAUGGCUCAUUUACUGAGAUCAGCUGGGAUCUUACCUAUCUUCGAUAGCCUAUUCCUGGUUUAAACUGCUCCAAUGCUCUCUCCUUUACCUGCCUCCUGUUUUACUUGGACCUCCUGAUGCAUGAUUAUAUACAUAUAUGUAUAUUUACAAUGCCACCUUUUUGAUCUUAAACUCAUGGCAUUUAAAGUGAUGUCAAAUAAAGUUUCUUUUGUGUUUUAACACAUCAAAUUGAGGGAAGUACAUUUUUAUUUUUGAUGUAAUGAAAAAAGUAGUAUACAAACAGUUUUUAAAUCCCAUUUCGAAGGCCUUCCACGAAGCCAAACGUGUGAAAUAUGGGGCUUUUUCAAAUCAUCUGCAGAUUUGACGCUCUGCUAAAUCCUCAACAUUUCACAUCAAUGCACUAUAAGAAGUGGGGGGUGGUGUCCUAGUGAUCAGGGCAUAGAGCUUGGAAUACUGAGGUUCUUUGUUUGAGUCCCACUCCCAUAGAUCCCUUUGGAUCUCUGAACAAGACCCUUAAUCCCACACUGCUACCCGGGCACCGCACAACGGCAGCCCACUGCUCCCCAAGGGGAUGGGUUAAAUGCAGAGGUAAAUUUCUCCAAUGUGAGGUCAAUAAAGUUCAGUUAAUAAUCUUCACCACUGAGUUGAAAAGACAAAAAGACUCUUUAUUUAAGAGCAUCAGAGUAAAAGGAGCUGAAUACAAAUGGCAGCCACACUUUUCAGAUAUGUUUUUAAAACAUUUUGAAAUUUAUGCAUCGUUUUCGUUCCACUUUACAGCCGCAGGAUGUACCGCAUCAUGUUUUUGUACUACUUGAAAAUCUCAAUAAAAGAGCAUGUUUGUAUUUGCAAUGAGACAAAUUGGGAAAAAGAAAACAUUCAAGUGAUAUAAUUAUUUUAUAAAGGCACUUUAAGAAAUACAAUUAAUCAUAAAAAUGUUUUAUGUUUAUUAUUUUUUUUUAUCGGUCAGAAAGCCUCAGCGAAGACAAUUCCUCUUCAGCACUUAAAAUCUGCUUCUCACUAACAAAGCGAAACUGACUUUCUAAAACCUCUUCACACACACAUUCAUCAAUUCAUCAACUUGUACAGAACAAAUUAUAGUAUUCCACACUACAGGAAAUCCAGUAGUACCUUGUUUUUGAGAGGAUGGUGAGUGUAAUGAGUAUGUAGUUAAGAAAAAGUACAGAUUAAAAGGUAAGAAACUUUGCCAUAAUAAACAGGUGGUGAACGUGCACAGAGCCACCCUCUGUUCUCAUAUGUCCACCUAGAAAUGAACCGUAUAACCUUUCAGGCCUUGUUUCAAGAGGGCGUGGCCAAACACCCCAUUGCAUGCUAGAAUGGUAGACCCUUAUAGAUAACCUAUGGCUAGACCUCUCCUUGCCCUCCUGCUCUUUCACCCCAUCUUCCCUUUCUCUCUCAUCUCCUGCUGUACCUCCAUCCUGCCUGCUAUUGUGUUCGCAAAGCCGAUCUCAGCUGCUCAUUCCUCCCACUUUUUUUUUUUUUUUUUUGUAGCCUAGUUUUGAAUCCGUCCUAUUUUCUGUUUGUUUUACAAACAUGCAUGCACAAGCAUCACUAACUUGUUGAUGUUUUCAAAAGAAUAUUUUGUUGCUGAGGCCAUGCAAAGUGUUUUUGAAUAUUGCCCUUAUAUGUGGAAUAUGUCUUCUGAAUGCUUUACAUAAUUUCUGCUGUAAAAUGAAAUCAGAAUAAAAAGAAAAUUUGCACUUUAA